AUGGCCACUUUGCUUGCGGCGCUGGCGCUGCGCUGCGUUGUCAGCAGCAAUCGGUUUGCCGCCUACGACGAGCUGACGGCACCAAUGCUCGCCCGGGCGAUGCCCAAGCGCUGCAAUCGCUUUCUGGACUACGGCGGCGACGGGCGCGAUGGCGAUCAGUUGGAUGCAGUCGAUGCGGAUGCUGAUCAGGACACAUCGAAAAUGCUAAAUGCGCUUUUUGGGCGGCCAGCGAGCACGCCCGCCCCCGUACAGCCAACGGAGGCAGCUCUGACGCCUUACCAGCUGCCGCCGAUGCACUACAACGACUUCUACGAGGAUCUGUUGACCAGCAAACGGAAUGGUGCACACGCCGCCGGCUGCGAUUGCAAAGUUAUGAACGAUCUGAUUGAUCUGGGCAGCACAUACUUCCCACGCUAUCUCAUGAGCGCCGUCUGCGAGUCGCGUCCAGCGCUAGAUGCCAAGUGCACGCAAGGCUCCAACUGCAAGCCGCUGGAGUACAAGCUUAAGGUGCUGACACUCGGCCCGAAUCAGCUGCCAACGCAGCCGUCCGGCAAGACGGCUGCAACAUCGGCGCGUCUCUGGCUGCCCGAGGAGCUGGCACAGCUCUGGCAGUGGCAAUUCAAGACGGUCACCGUUACCGCCGGCUGCUUCUGCACCAACUAGCCUAAACUUAUACAACUUAAAAGAUCUUUAACA